AUGUUACAAAACCGGUGCGACUGCACGAGAGACAAGCCGGAUAUCAAUCGGGCCAUCAGCGUAGGUGAAGAUGCAGUGGAGAGGAUACCCAAGGACUGGCGUUACACUGCCCUGAUUUUGCGUCAGCUCGCCGUCUCGCGUGCUCAAGGUGUGGCAGUCGGUUCCAACACUCUAACAAGAAUUAUGGGGAGGCGGUUCGAGCAAACAGCGAACAUUGAGGAUCUGGAUCGUGCAGUCGGCGUUCUCACUGACACUGUGCCACUGAUCCCAAACAACCAGAUGGACUAUGUGGUCGGUACAAGCUACCUGGCAACCUUGCUGGGCAUACGUUCCGAGCAACAAGGCGAUGUGGACGACCUCAAUGCAAGCAUUUCAUACACGAAAAGUGCACUGCAGUUGAUGAGCAAUGAUGAUUUUGAUAGACCUGUUCAGCUGUACAAUCUAGAAAAUAGGCUUGCUGAGCGAGCGCAGUACACCGGCAUACUCAGCAAUCUCGAUGAUGCCGUUGAUUAUGGGCAACAAGCUUUACACCUGUUUCUGGGUAUACGAUUCAGCAUGGGUUCGAAGAAUCCAGAGGAUAUUAAACAAGCAAUCGACCUCAGUAGACAAGCGGCUAAGGAGGUGGACGGCGAUGAAAUGGGAAUGCGCGCGGCAUUGGCGAACGUUCUUUCGAAUAUGCGGGAAGAAAACUACAACCAAUAUGGCGAGGCUGCCAAUUUGGACGAGGCUUUUGAUGUUCUCGGAGACGUCCUUCAAGGUGGUCUCCCAGACACUCUCCCCGAGAGAGGAUACUUGAAAUUCGGCUUGGAAUUCAGCUUGGGGGAUGUGCUCCACGCGCGAAGUUUCCACGCUGGUGACGCCACGGAUUUGGAGAAAUCUAGAGGAGCUUUUCAAUGGGCAUGGAAUUCUCGGACUGCUCCACUAACGAUUCGAAUCGAGGCUGCGGUUCGGGCUGCUGAGGUUGCCAAGGAGCGUCUAGAUAAUCACAAUUCCCUCGACUCUGGCACGCUAAGUAUGAUCUUUGCGUCAACCCAUGGGUCGUCCAUCAUUCUGAUGUCUUCGCCUGAACCCGAUGAUUUGAUAUGA